AUGACGCUCCGAAGGCUGCGGAAGGUGAACUCCAGCUCCGGCGGGACGGAGGACGUCUACUUCCCAUCAUCCCGCUCCGACAGCUCGGCGGAGGUUUACAACUACAGAACGCUGGCUUUCUCCGGAGGAACUCUGCCGAGGAGCUGCAGGAAGGGCGACAACAGGAAGUGGAAACCUUCGACCCCGUCGCCAGAACCACAAAGGAAGUCUGUGACCCUGGAGAAGAACGAAGACGAGACGUUUGGAUUUGAGAUCCAGACGUACGGCCUGCACCAUCCGCAGCAGAGCUCGCUGGAGAUGUGCACGUUCGUGUGUAAGGUGCACGAGGACAGCCCCGCCCAUCGCGCCGGACUCAAAGUUGGCGACACCAUCGCCGGGGUGAACGAGGCGGCGGUAGAUGGCCUUCGCCACAAGGAGAUCGUUCAUCUCAUCCGAUCCUGUGGGAAUUUCCUGAGGUUGGAGACGCUCUACAGCGACGCCAUCAGGAGGGCGGAGCUGGAGGCGCGGCUGCAGUUUCUCAAGCAAACUCUGCACGAGAAGUGGGACGAGUACCGGACGCUGACGGUGCAGGAGCAGCGGCUGGUGCACGGUGAGACCCUGAGCCUCCGUGAGUCCGGCGGUGGCAGCGAGCCCGGCGUCACACGGCUGCCUUCUCUCUCAGGUAUCGUGAUGAGCGACGCCGCCAUCUACGAGUCUCUGGAGUCGGCGGGCGUGUACGGCAGCCUGGGGGCGCCCAGUCCGGUGGUCCAGAGGGCUGUGCGCUGCACCGGCGGCAGCAGCAGCAGCAGCCUCCAGAGCACCAACACCGAAGACGACCCGCUCUACCAGACCUGCCUGUACCCGGCCCAGCCGCUGGCCGACCCCAAGAAGAAGAGGCGCCUGCGACCGGCCAGCGAGCUCUUCGCCACGGCCAGGACGCAGCUGACCCGCAGCGCGAGCACGCGCAGCUACGUGCGCCCCUCCUCGGCAGCAGGGGAGAAGAGCGCCACCGUGGGCUCGCUGCAGAGGAAACACAAGAGCUUCAGACGGCGCAUCCUCAAGUUUAUCCCGGGACUGAACAGGCAGCUGGAGGAGGAGGAGAGCAAGCUGUGA